UGUAUAUAUUCGUCAGAGUUUUAUUCCUUUUUUUCUUAAUGCAUUGCCAAAAUGUAUAUGAGCGGGAAAAAUUAUCGGGAAUGAUUGGAAUUGAAUCGGGAGAAGAAAAAAAAAAAGCAAUCGGAUCGGGAAAUAUCGGGAUCGGCAGAUACUCAAACUAAAACGAUCGGAUUGGGAGCAAAAAAACAUGAUCGGAAUAACCCUAGUGCCAAUAAUUAUGAAGGGCACUGUAUAGGCCCUACCCACCGACGUCACAAAAUCACGUGCUCGCUGUAUGGUUCCGCCCACUUGUCCGUCAUUUGUGUCUGUGUUAUCAAUGGUCUCAAUUGAUCGAGCAAUUUAUAAUGCAUUUCAUGGAAGACCCGGUGCUUUCGGAUGCCGUAAACUCACUUGAUGCGUUGCAUAAAAGGCGUUAUGUGGAAAAGCUUCAGUUUAUCCAUUCGCCAGAUCCAUAUUUCAUGCCUAAAUCGAUGUUUUUCGACCCGCUGUCUCCGCCGUAUUUGCCUGACAUCUGCUAGCUACUCUGAACUGUACAACUAUCUUGUCCACACAAAAGCAGCCUAUUCUCACGAAAGUUUGAAAAACUUUAAGAGCUUGAGGCUUAUAAAUACUUCGUUGCUGGUUGGGUGAAACAGGUCCUCGUCCACGAAAAUUCGGCAGGAAUCUAUCUUGUGCUUGGAAAGGUGAGUUACGAAAUUUUCAAUUCAAAAUCUUUUGUUAUUGCUAACAUCCACUGUCAAGUCUAAUGUAUUUCAUGUCGCUUGUCAAUGGAGUUAGGGCUUUUAAUGUUUAUAUGGUUUAGCGAUAGCACUCUCACUACAUACAUACGUGUAUGUUGUCGGCGAUUAGCCUAGCAAUGAUCUUAAUUGUGGUUGUCAGCCCAAAACCCUCUAAAUAUAUAUUAAAUGCAUCUUACCAGAUAUAAAAUGACUACUACAUAAUCUGUGGUAAUCGUUUGGAGCCCAGUUUUCUCGUCGAAUUGCAGCAGCCCAUCUCGCUCUCUUCUCUCCGGGUCUCUCGGAAUCCGGUAGAACUUCAAGUCUCUCCGUCUUCUCCGUCUAUCUUCUCUGUUAUUGUAACCGACCGCCACACACGCCUUCACCAUUUUGAUUAUUAAUGUUAACGAGCAGAAAAACACGUCGUAAAUAGGAGGAAUGUACGUAGCCGUAACAGGGAAACAUGAUAUGUUGACGGACAAUUGGGCGGCACCAGUCAGGAGGAAGGAGUUGUGACGUCACAUGGGUAGGGUCUAUAUAGGGAAGUCAAUUACAUGCAAUGACAUUUUUCGGCCACCGGGGCGUGGGGCUGGCCCCCCCUUAAACUCCGCUAAUGCGUGGGUGGGCACUGUCCACCCCUGGUAACGCCCCUGCCGUACACCAAUCAAUGAAGUUAAUGGGAAGUGACAAAAUCAAGAGGAAGUGUUUGAAAAUCAGUUGAUGGAUUUUAAAAAAUUUUGGAUUGGACGUCUAGCGCCAUCAAUGACUUAAAUGAGUGCCCUAUGAAGGGUUAACUUACAAUUUUAGUUAGGAAGUCAUUAAGUAUGAUGACUUUGUCUUGUUGAUGAGAGAAGUUCUAAAAAUAGAGGCAACUUUCUCCAGCCUGUAUUCAGUUCAGGCGCCGCCUCUGCAAUAAGCGUCCAAGCAUUAAGAGCUGACUAAUCCAACAAGGCAAGACGGCGGGCUUGUUAGCAGCUUUCGGUUGUGUUUUCAUUCCUUCUUUUUUUUUCUGCUUUCUUGCAUGAGUUGUUUGAAAAGCUGAAAGUUUCUUUAAACUUGCCGCUGAUAUGUUUUUGUCCACGGGGAUCUGGUUAAUGAGAUUAGGUUGGGAAAGGACAACUGGAUAUUGACCCGCAGACGUCUGGAGGCUGGAUGGAGAUGUCUCCGCAACAUCAACAGGACAGAAUGAGCCGGAUGGCGGGACAAAGCGACAACAGACGGCGGUUGAAGUCCCAAAGUCUUAGAUGUCAGUCCGCACCUUCUCUUGUCUUCAGAAAAGCUCUCUCCAGAUCCAAGACACUUUCCAGAGAGAGCCUCCCAGUUCCUGUCUUCCCAGAGACCUGCUCUCUGGUCCAGUCCUUUCUGAGAGUGCCCGAUAGGCAGAGGUUGUUUCUUCUCCAUGGGCACACUGAGUUGAAGACUGGUAUGCAAAUUCAGGACAGACACCUCUUUCUCUUCACAGACAUCCUCGUGAUCGCAAAAGCCAAGUCAGCCAAUCAAUUCAAGCAGAAGGCCCAAGCGCGUGUAUGUGAAAUGUGGACAGCGAAUUGCAUGGAAGAGGUGUGUGAGGGAAGCACCUGCCCCGAGAGGAGCUUUGUCCUCGGCUGGCCCACCUGCAACUCGGUUGCAACAUUUAGCUCGCCGGAACAAAAAGAAAAAUGGCUUUUGUUACUCAACAGUCGCAUCAAAGAGGAAAAAGAGAAGGAAGAACCAAAAACCAUCCCUCUCAGAGUUUAUGGGAAGGGGCUUGAUACUUUUGCUGUUGCCAAGACUUUGCCUGUCAGCAACAAUGAUUCGACCAAUGAGGUGAUUCGACUUGCUCUGCAGCAAUUUAGCAUCAUUGGUAACGUGAAGGACUACCAGCUGUGGAUCCUCUCCAAGAGGGACAAUACGCCCUAUCCGCUCAUUGGUCACGAAUUCCCCUUCAGUAUCCAUAUGAGUCACGUGCGCCAAGUGUUGACUCACAGCGGCUUAGCGCCAGACAACGGAGACUGGGCGACAGAGGCGGAGCAGUUGCAGGUACACAAGCGAUGCCAGUUCAUUCUGAAAAGCCGCCCGGAGGAAACGCUUCAAGCGCAGGUGUCAACAGAUUUCCCCCAGAAGGCCUUAAAAAGGAGGCGUUCCCUCAUCACUUGGGCCUUUCUGCGAGGUUCCUCCCCUCAGUUAAUGUCAACCACGGGCGCCCCGGCUCAGGGCUGCUUGUUCGGCCGCCCCCUUAGUGCUGUGUGUGUUGAAGACAGUCUACCAAAGCCCAUCAUGGACAUGCUAGCGCUCCUAUAUCACGAGGGCCCGUGGACACGAGGCAUCUUUCGGCGCCCUGCUGGCGCUCGGGCGGUCAGAGAGCUGCGAGAUUCACUGGACGCUGGCGAAUUCCUUCUCCCUCUUACACGAGAGCACAUUUUCAUCAUCGCCGGCGUAUUCAAAGACUUCCUGCGCAACAUCCCCGGCAGCCUGUUGUGUUGCGAGUUGCAUGAAGAAUGGAUGGACGCUCUAUCUGAUGAAGAGGGGGAAGAAGAGCGAGUACAAGAGAUACAAAGGAUGAUGAGUCGCUUGCCCAAAGACAACGCCCUGUUGCUACGUUAUGUGCUAGCAGUGUUGCACGCUAUCCGAUGCAACGCCCACGAGAAUCAAAUGACCAGCUUCAACCUGGCGGUGUGCAUUGCUCCCAGCAUGCUGUGGCCUCCUGGGGCACUGUGCAGCCCCGAGGCAGAAAACAAAGGCACCAGGAAGGUUUGCGACUUGGUGAAGUUUAUGAUAGAACACUGCCAACCAAUUGUCGGAGAAGAACCGUCCUCAAUGUUUGGAGGCUCGCCACCGAGACGCCACGUCCAGGAAUGCGACAAGUGGACCUACCCUUUGACUGACUCGUCCUACGACAGUCUCGAGAACGAAUUGGAUACCAGCAGCUGCGGUUCUCCGAGCUUUUGCGGUAGACGUCUCCGUUCCAAACCGGGCAGCCUGGAUUCGGUCCUCACGUUCAGCGACUACGAGCAGGACACGGACCAGGUUCUAAGAGUGAGCAGGCCAAUCCAGGACGCGCCCAGCGUGGACUCGUCCACCUCCGUCUUGGACUCCCUUUCCUUGCACAGUUUUCGACGACAGCGUCGGCGCUCCGAGCCGGCGUUGGUGUAUUUCGCAAAGCUUCAGCCACGCUACUCCGGGAGCACUGACGGCCUCGCCGACGAGGAUGAGGACAAACGCGAGAGUACCUCAAAGUCGGGGUAUCAGCAGAAGUACAGGUCAGCCGUGGACACCAGCUCGUCCAGUCUGUCCUCUAACCCCACCUCCCCUGCGCCGACACAGAGCCAUCUUCAGAGUUCGGGCGGUUAUGAAGAGCCGGGAACGAGUCGCAAAGAGUGUCCAGUCAAAGAGAAUUUGAAAUUGGGUACUUUGAAAAACUGCAGGAGCCUCCACCCUAACUCUUGGCUGAGGAAAGACCGCAGAUUAUCUUUAACUCACCCGGACAGCUUGGAGAAAAACCCUGCAUCCGGCAACAUUACAAAAACACCUGGCAGGGAUGAAUAUUAGCACUAUUAGGACUACUGCUUCCACAAUUGUAGUAUUAUGGAUUUAAUGUACAAAAUUGGGGAUAACAUUGGCUCUGUAGGCAUCUAUUGUACUGUUAAUGGUAGUUCAGAUUUCAGGCCAUGUCCACACGUAGCAGGGUAUUUGGCAAAAAGAUCUUUUUCUUCGGUUUGGCCUAUCAUCCACACGCACAUUUAAACCAGGGUUCUUAAGAAUGACGGGGAAAGGGAAGAAGUGCGAAUUCUGCGUUUCUGGCGCCAUCAUGUGGACACUGAUAACCGACACACUUUGUCCUCACGUCACACAUGAAACCAGGGCCAGCCCAGCCUAUACGCAAAUUAUGCAGCUGCUUAGGGCCCCUGACCACUAGGGGGCCCCCAAUUUGGCAAUUGUUUGAUUUAUAUUCUAUUUUGUUUACUAGUUUGCUUUAUUUGACUUUUGUGAGUUUUGAUACUUGAUUGCAAGCUUAAAAAAAUAAAAGUUCUUAACUUUUUUUCCCUCUUUUAGAAAAAGGUUUGGCGCUAUCUACUGUGAGUACUGACAAUCAUUUGGGGUGAGAAGUUUGAAGUAUGCAGCGCAACAAAAUCUGAUUAAUAUAAAAAAAAAAAACUGCUAGGUGUAGACAUGUCCUAAGUAACAUCAUGCCUGCUUAAAAAAGAAAAAACACCACCUGGUGGACAUUCAACCAUACAGCACUUAGCUGUGGAGGGCUGCACAAGCUGAUCAAAAUUUGAUCUCGAUUUUUUUCACAAUUUUUCAAACUUGAUUUUUGUGGAUUUUUUUUUUCUAUAUCAUCUGAUCCUUUUCACCAUUUUUUUAACCUGAUUUUUUUCGUCGAAUCUUGAUCCUUUACAUAAGUUAUUUAAACUUGAUUUGCAUGUUUAUUUUUAACUUCGUUUUUAUACAAAUGGCGACGAGCAUUAUGCGUUAUAUUAGCAUUAAGCCUGCAAACAACUUUACGAUUCUCACCCGCCAUUUUUUCCUCCAGCCGUGUUUUUUUUUUUUUUUUUUUAAAUAAUGUUGACUUAUGUGAUGCAUGCUUUUAAUUUGACGCCGGAAGCAUACAGCAGGUAGUACUUUCACACGCAAGUAAGAGCACAUGUAUACACGAAGAAGAGCGUAUUUGUGCACGCGCACACACGAGGAAGAGUGCAUUAGCUCCCACGAAGAAGUCGCGCAGCCGAGUGACAAGGAAAGAGACAGGAGAUAGAUUAUUGCUGCAACAAUUGUUGCUUGUGAAGUAUCUACAGAGGCAACACUUGUAUAUAUAAAACACCUUUUGUACUGUUUAUUGUGCGUUUUCAAUUCUGGUCGAAGACUUCGGUUGAGCUUAUGUGAUUAUUUAUGAUGAUGUGCAGACGCGAACUGUUCCAUGCGAGUUGUUUGUCUGGAUUGUUAUUGCUGUAUUAGCAACUAGUUAUAAACACAAAUUUGAAUUGCUGUCAUCGAAAAUAAACUGAUUUAAUUUCAUUUUUAUUGUAGUUUAAUUCUGCAAGUGUUGAUGUUAGGAGUCGCUAAAUAAAGUCAGCAAACCACAAAGACAUCUGACAUAGUCAUUUUGGAGUUUAGCUCGCUGUCUAGCUAGGACUUAGUUCCAACGUCUUGGCAAGAACAGUACAAUGACAUAUAAUGCAUGGUUUUGGAUAGUUAUUUUGAGAUUUAGGGGGUAUUUAGCGGUACUUAAAGGGUUAGUUACGACGCCAAACCCGGGGA